CAGCAUGACCUUACACAAAUGAGUAGAAGCACUAACAAAAGAAGUAUCAGUAGCUAUAGAUGGCUACUCCUAAUCCAGAGCCAGUGUUUGUUAAAGAGUUAGCUGAUAAGUACAAGUGUAGUAUUUGCACUAACCUUCUGGACACACCAGUUCUAACAGAAUGCUGUGGACAGCACUUUUGCAAAGCUUGUAUUGAAAAAUGGAUCAUACGAAAAAAAGUAUCGAUUUGCCCUCACUGUCGAGCAGAAAACUUCAAUAAGAUCGUUUCUCAGCCAAUAAUCAGAGAGAUCAAAGAGUUGGGGGUGUAUUGUGCAAAUCGUAAAAACGGGUGUAAAGCGGUUAUCAAUUAUGACAAUUUUCAGAAGCACGUGAUCAAGUGUCUGUUUGGAGUUGUCGAAUGCACCAACGAUUGUGGUAUGGGCGGAUUGCUAAGAAAAGACCUCAAACAACAUCGCAAACAAGAGUGUCCUAAUCGAAUAGUGCACUGUGAGCUUUGUAACGAAGAGGGUAAGCACCAGGAAAUAGUUGGAAACGAAACUAAAUACUAUAUACUAGUUGGAGAUCACAAACGAACUUGCCCUGAAGUUAUCUUAGCAUGCCCUAACAAAUGCAAUGAGAAAUUAAAGAGAAAAGAUAUCGAAGAGCAUAGAAACGAGUGUUCACUUGAGGAAGUGGAUUGUCCCUUCAAAGAGGCUGGUUGUGAAGUGAGGCUGCCUCGUAAAGAUAUCCCAGAGCAUGAAACGACCAGCAUGCAAAGCCAUCUUAGACUUGCUAUGAAAGCUAGUGCUACUGUCAAUACAGCUAUGGCUACUGUCAAGAGAGAGAAUAAGAAACUAAAAAAGAGUCACGAUGAACUAAAAGGAGAUUUGGACACGAUUCUAUCAGUUGUAUCAACAGAGCUUAGUUCAAUGGACAUUCCCUCAAACAAUAGGAAACCCAUGGAUGGUAUUAAAACAAUACUAACCUCCCUAACCUCAAUGAUUCGAGCUGAUGGCAAGACUCACUGUGUACACAUGAGCAACAAACUGGGAAUAUUCAGAGAUCCAGAAUUAACAGAAUAUCGCAUGCUUCAAGCCAGUUCACCACCACUAUGCAUAUACCCGGGAUUCAAAAUUUUCAUUGGAUUUUUUGCUAAUGUGUUAUUGCUUUUGUUGGAGAAAACUUCUAUCCACGGUUACCCCCAGACCCUAUCUAUUGAAGUGAAGCCUACAACAGGACCACCAUUCUCAUUUUCCUUAAAUGACUUCACACAUUCAUCGGACGUAAAAUGUGACUCAGGAAGAGAACUUAUGUUCGUAAUGGGUGAUGCAUUACCUAUUAAAGCUUCUAAGGAUUUUUAUGCGAACAUUAGGAUCAUUAACAUUUCUUAGAGCAGAGAAAACCUCUCAUGUACAAAGUGUUUUAGUGUUCUUGUGCUACGAAUGUAAAACAGUAAUCACAUAAUUAUAAUUAAUCGUUAUUGAGUAUAUACCAUAUUUACUU